AUGGCGGAGGGGUACGCGUCGAUCGACCCCGACACGGGCGCCCCGCGGCAGCGCGACCCCUCGGACGCGUCGUUCCACUCCCCGGCGUGGCAGGCGCACUACCUGCAGUCGCUCACGGCGACGCGCCCGACGUACGAGGAAUUUCAACGACGAGAGAAGGAGCGCGAGGGGAAACUCGCGGCCGCGGCGGAGAAGACGGACGAGGAGACGCGGGCAUUUCGCGCGCAGCUCGAGGCGGAUCGCGAGAAGCGGCUCGCGCGCGUCCGCGGAGGGGGGGUCGCCAAGAAGAAGAAGCGCGGCGGCGGCAGGAAGGAUGCGAAAAAGUCGAAGGGAUCGAAGAAGGGAUCGAAAAAGGCGAAAGAGAAGAAGCACGGGAAGAAGAGCGGAAAGAAGAAGCGGAAGCGCGACAGCGACAGCGACGACGACAGCGACAGCGACAGUGGGAGCUCCGGGAGCGACGACCCCACGGAGAAGUUCCGCUUGUCCGGGUUCUUCAAGGCGGAAGACGGCGCGGCGGAGUAG